AUGGAGCUGUACCUCAGCGCCUGCUCCAAGGCUGCCAACGUCGCCUCCACAAAGACCGCCACCAGUGGCCUGUCCUCCGACAGCCAGCAGUGCAGAGAUGGCGCGCAUAAAACCCACCUUCCGGGUAUCGGAGCAGCUCAACUACUGGAUCUGCCUCUUGGGGUCAAGCUGCCUGUAAUCCCAGGAAGCAACACUUUAUACUACACUACGAAAUUAAGUGAAAAGCUUUUUCAACCUUCUUAUGGUUUUAACUUGACUGAUCCUUAUUGUCGACUUUUGGAAAACCAAUAUAAAAGUCUCCAUGAUCCACAUUUAAGAGCAUACCAUAAGCGUAAAGAUAUCUUGAGGAGAUUAAAGAAAGGAGGCUACAUCACCAGCAAUAAUAAGAUUGUAUGUACCUUGAGGGAAUUGAAUAAGUACAGGCAAUAUCUUACCAGUUUAAAAUUAGACUUUGAAAGAAACUACAUAAGAGAACAAAAAAUGCUUGCAAAACAAGUAAAUAAACUAGAGGAAAAAAGUCUUUCUGGAUGUUCUGAUGUUGCACAGUUCCAAAAUCAGUUGUUAAAGGAGGAACAGUCUGUUAAGGACCAGGAACGAUUAAUGAGGCACAGAUAUUUGGAUAUGAUAAGUAGGGAAUUAGAACGACUUGAGCGUACUGCAGAAGAGCAACGCCUGCUCUGGAUGGAUAGAGAAGAAAGACGACAGCGAGAAUACACAAGAAGAAAACUUAGUCUUCGUAGAAAAAUUGAAGAGGAAUGGAAGACAAAAGAAAUGUUACUUCUGACAAAGAUUGGAGAAGAUGUUAAAAGAGAAGCUAGGAUAGAGGAACAGCGACGUAGAGGCAGAGAAGAGACUGACAGGAAGAAACAAGCCCUUAUAGAGAAAAAAAUGGCUUAUCAUUUACAAAAAAUGCAAGACAGUGGCAUUAAAAGAGAAGAUAAGAGGAAAAAUAUAGUCGAUUAUAGAGAACAAGAUGGACUACCUUAUGAAUCUUAUUAUCCAAAGAAAAAGAAGAACAAUGAUGACGUAAAGUUAGUUUAUCAUGUUGGUGACCAGAAAGCAAAUAAAGGAGCAUAUGGAUCCUUAGUAAACACUAUUCAUCAAUCUGUAAGUAGUUCAAAGAAUGUUGCCAAAAAAUCAGUACCUCCUGUCAUUUGUCAGUCAGAUGUUCAAGAUGAUACUGAACAAAAGAAAGAUGGAGAGACACAUGAAAAAUCAAGUAUUUUUGAUGAUAGAGGAGAGAUAUACGUCUCAGUUCAAGAUUCAAUGAUUUCAGCUCAGAAUUCAGCUACAAGACAUUUUCCUAGACUUUCACAGUCUUAUGUGGAUCCUUCAAAGUAUGAGAAGGAGAUAAAUGCUGAUUGGAACGAAAGAUCAAAGAAACCAAGCUGCUUCUCUGAAUCAGGAACUCGGGUUCCUGACACAGUCCAAGGUAUUUUCCCUUCUCGAGUUUUCUCAAAUACACAACAGAACCUUCUAGAAAACUGCUUGCAAGAAAAAGUAACUUCUGAAGAACUGAAUAGUAUAAUUCAGAAUAUAAUGACCUGGGUUGUGGCUACAGUGACCAGUAUAUUGUACCCAGCCAUCACAAAGUAUGAAGAAAGAUUGAAAAAUAAUGCAUACCCAGUGUCUGAUGACUCUGUCCUUUCUUCAGAGAGUUCAAGUUUCUGUAGCACAUGCAGUGAAGAGUUUACAUAUAGAAGCUACACAUCUGCAACAACUAAAACAUUUCAGAGAGAGCCCUGUGCAUUUGCAGUUGACAUAUCAGUAAGGCAACCAACCACACCUCUAAGACCACCAUCUGCCCAUGUGGAAAAAACAGUUGUGGGAAACACAUACCACAUUAAUGGACAAUCUGUAACCUCUGAGCUCAAAUAUAAUAAAACAAGCAUGAUAUACACAUACCCUAAGAUCAGAAGUUGUAAAUCUGACAGUCACCUUCUAGCAGCACUUGAAACAGGCGCAAAAAAAUCAAAGGAUGCCACCACUGAAACAGAUGGCUUAGCUAGUCCAUUGUUUUCUGAUCAAAAAGCAAAAGCCACGAGUGAAAUGAAGAGUUUAAAGAAUGUUUUGGUUAACUUUAAGUGUCACUUAAAAGGGGAAACUGAAUUGAUUUUGGAAAGCAUUUUUCAAGAAAUAAUGUCUGAUUUAACACAGGCCAUUCCCUCUAUUUCUUCUGUUACUGCUGAAGUUUUUGUUGACCAAAGUGAGCCUGAAAAAGGAGACUUGGUUUCCAACAUUGAUAUCUGCUCAGUUGCUUCAGAGAUCGUGGAAAAUAUGCUUGAGAAGCUACAGUCUGCAGUUGAAAAAAAAUGUGUCCAGAUAUUUUCACAAGAAGAUUUGUCAGUCAACAUUAACCCAAGCUUAACACCUAGUGGAGAAUCUCUCACUCCAUCAUAUGAAAAACCUUUAGUAGCUUCAUUUCCUCAAACUGUGGAACCCAUGUGCGAUAUUGCAGAGGAUAUGGUGCAUGCCAUUUUAGAAAAGCUCAUGACCCUCACAUCUUGUAAGCAAAAUGAACUUCCUCAUCUUGAAGAUGCAACUAAACUUUCCUGUCAGCAACAUAUAACAGACCCAGCAUAUACGCUCCUUAUGAAAGCCAACAAAAAGAAAGGUAGUCCUGCACUUGAUUCAGCUAAUUUAAUUGUUAAGGAAGAAAUAAAAAAAUUAAUGUCAAAUAUUUUUUCCCAGUCCUCUUUGGUUGGCUACAUAGAAGAAGCCAUCAGCACUAUACUAGGAUAUGUACAAACUGAACUUAAUAAUGAGAGACUUAUUGCAUCUGAACAAACAGUAGUACUCCUUCAGCUACUCGAUGAUAUCUUUACUCAGCUACAUCUAGAACCAGUAAAAGCAAAUGAUCAAAAAUCUAGACACUCUAGACUGAGAAAUAAUUCUGACACUGAAGGAAAGUACAGACUCACUGGCACUAGAUUAUCUAAUGGUCCUAGGUCUGUAAAACCAUUUCCACCUGUUAAUGUUCCUGGCACGGUCCUUUAUUCUGAAGAUGAUAAUGAAGAAAUAGACAAAAUUGUGGAAAAUGUGCUUGAUACAUUUUUCAAAGAUGAGAAAGCAGAAUCACAAGAACAUGUUCCUGAUCAUUGGUUUAUAAAAGGAAACACUUGUGUUGAAUACAAAAGAAAUAGCAAACCACCUACAAAGCCCACUUCUCCAAGAAGCAAAGUUUUAUUUCAUGAUCGAAGUUUAAAGACUGAGCUACCAUCUCUUAAUAAAAAAAAUUUUAAGGAAAAGCACUGUUUGAAUGAAGACAUUCUGUUUUUCAGCCAAGAUCAAAAGCAUCAAAUACAUAAGGCUUCAGAAAACAUAGUUAAAAGCAUUUUAACAGAAAUGCUCAAGGACAUAUAUCCUGUUGCUCCUGGUCACUUAGACAAUAAAGCUGGCAAAGAAGCUUCAGUUCUUGUUUUAGAAAAACCUCAAGGACUGUCACAUCAAGAAUGGAUGGACCAGAUGUUUUCUGUAUCAGAAAUUAGUGCAGUGGCUCAAGAAAUAACAGAUGCUGUGUUAAAUAUACUUCAUAAGGCAAGCUGCAUUCCCAAUACCACCAAAACUUCCAUUUCAUCAUCAGUUCAUCAAACUUCUCUAGAGAAUUCUGACACUCUCCAUAUGGUCAAAGAAGCACGAAAUAAAAAGCCAUUAAAAAUAUGGUUCGACAGUGAAAAGAAAAUGAAAUAUUUAUCUUCGCUUGAUGUAAAUCCUGCAAAGCCUUCCAUGUUAAAAUCUAAAGAAAGUGAACCCAAACCUGUAGAUGACAUUACUAAUAACAUCGUUAAUACAGUUUUUAAAAGGCUGAAGUCAUUUGUUUGUCCAAAAUUGAAAAUUGGCUUCAAACCUUCACUUGCAGAUCAAUCUUCAUUACAGUCUCAGCUUAGUGCUUAUACAACUAAAGUGGUAAACAUUGUUUUGCAUGCUAUCCAGAAUGAACUGGAACCCGGUGAGAAAAACCGAAAUCUUAGGGAAGCAGACCAUACCAAAUCUCUUACAGGUAAAGGAUCUUUCGCUGACAAUGAUACGUUAGAAUCUCUUGUCUCAAAUCUCAAUGAUGACAAUAUGGCAUCUCCGUUAUUAGCUUGUAUUUGUGAAAUUCUGUUAAGUGGACAUUCAGAUCAAAGCAGUAUGUCACUUCCUUCGGAUAGCCCAAAGCCUACGACUUCACAUGGAUCUGAUAAUGUUGAUAAGCAGAAGAUUUUGCCAAGUAGGCAGGAUAAAAAAUCUUUUUACAAAAUUUUUGCUACUCCAUGUGCUCUCCAUAGUGUCUGCAAUGGAAAAGAUCUCAAGGAGAAAUCCAGAUUGCAAGUGUUAGAUAACAUUGGGGAAACACUAUUUGAAAUGUUAUGCAAGCUCAUAGGGGCCCACCCUCACUGUCAGCCAUCUUGUAGUAAGCUAAGCAGUGAGAAGAUGGAUGAAAAUCAGCAAACAGCCACUGAAUUGCAGUCUAAUAUUCAGCUCAUUUCCACAACAAUUUUAGAAUAUAUCCUUGCAAAAUUAUGUAGUGCUGACAUGGAUACUAGUCUUGUAAGUUCUGGAUUUAAAGCUGUCUCAGAGUCUCUUGAUAUUGACAGCCUAUCAUUUACUUCAGUUAUUGAGGAAAUGGCCAAAUGCACUGACAUAAUCUCCAGCAUAGUUUCCAGGAUGGUUCAGGAGGAUAAUAAAGAGACAACCAAAAGCAAGGAAAAAACUAUUCCACCUAUGUCAUCCAAAACAGAGUGCACAAAAGAAAUGCAUUCAAAUAAACUGAAAUCUUUGGCCUCAGAUAUCCUUAAUACGGUUUUUGCUAAAUUAGAAGGGUUUGCCAAUGGAAAUUUAGAAACUGUGGGUUCUAUUAAUGAUAAAAAUGAAAGAAAUAAGGUGGGCUUAGAAUGUGAAAGUCCCAAUGUUUUCACAGACACACUUGAAGAACUACUGCAGUCAGCUUUAUACACACAAGCAAAGAAGGUAUCGAGUACUAUUUUGAAAGCUAUUCAAACAGAAUUAAAUAUGAACUCAUUAGAUUUGAAGACAAGUAUGAGAAUCCCACCACCUAAGAAACAAAUGCUUGAGAAUAUAGUCAAUUUAAUUUUAGAUGCAGUAUCCUUAGAUGUGCUUGAUGAAACUGAAUCUGAAGAGAGAGGCAUUGAAACUUAUCGAUACAGACCAACCUAUGGAAAUUUUCUUCCUGGUGGAGCUGAAUCAGAUUCAUUCCUAGAAGAUGCUGGAAAUACAGAGAAGGAAUUCAUUGGAGAUAGACCAGCACUAAGAGAAGAAACUAAGUCAGAUUCUCUUCAACAAUGUGGUCUAGAAAGAACCUUAAACGAAAUUGAAGUGAAACUCAAAGAACCACAGAAAUCUCCAGUUGUUCCCAUUAUAAGAACUAUUCUGAAUGAAAUUUUUCAAAGUGCUUUGGUCAGUCAAUUAAAUGCACUUUCACUCUCCCACUCUAAUUUAAGUGGCAUCCCUCACAAUGCUGAUGACCCAGUUGCUCAAACAUCUGUUCAAUUUACAGACAAAAUGAUAGUGUCUGAAGCAGAUGUAACCAUAGUGGCAGAGGAUGUUGUUAGGACUGUAUUUCAUAAACUUUACUCAGCUGCUUUGACAGAAAGAAAUGCAAGUGAAAACAGGUAUAAAACUGUCACCUUUUCAGCAAAUGUUUCUUUUCAUGAGCAUGCCUGUAAAGGAGGAAAGCCCUCCCUUACUGUGCCAGAUGAAAAUUCAUACACUCUUCGGUCCAGAUUCAAUGUUGACCAACAGGCAAAAGUAAACGUAGUUGAAGAUAUUGUACAAGCAGUAUUAACAAGUUUAGAAACUUUUGCUACUUCCAAAGUAAAAUCUCUCUUUUAUCCCCAAAUUGACUUCACAGUUCCAAUGGCUUUACCUAUUCAGCAGGGUAAGAGUACAUUAAACAAAGCAUUAUUGGCCAAAGAUUUGCAUUCUGAUGAUCAAUUUUCCUGUUGCUCAGUGGAUCAUAUUAUGUCAGAAAAAAACAAUUCAUUAUGUCAGCCCUCUUUGAAUAAACUAAAUACAUAUGCAACAGAAGUGGCCAGAAAAAUAUUACAAGGAAUCAAACAUGAAUUAGAUAAGGAGAGGGAAUGUCCUUUCUUAACUCAUAACAUUGUGGUUUCUGAAAGUAUUGCAAGUCAGGUUGUUAAUGCAGUGUUAGAUAUUGUAUCAUCUAAAGUAAAAUGUGGCAAAAACAAUUCCGACAAAGAGACUGAAUCAGAUCAGCAAGAAGGUAUUAUUGAAAAGCUAUUUAAUAAAAGUGAGUAUCGAAAAGUACUUCAGUUUCAAAUACGAGAUACCGUUGAAAGUAUCUUAUGUGAUAUUUAUGAAAAAAGACUGUACCAGAAUAAUCUCUCAUUUGCCAAACCCACUUUGAAAGGCAGCUUAGCUGGUAAACAUGGCAGAACAAAUUCUGAAAUGCUCAUUGAGGCUGCAAGUAAAAUUCUUCCAAAACUUUCAGUUCCUAAAUCAGAUGUUAUUUUGAUAUCCAAUGAUAUAGUAGAUAUUGUUCUUCAUAAUCUCAGUUCUGCUGUCAUACUUGGCAUAAAUGCAAAGGAUUCUAAUUCUGCAAGAUUACCCCUGACUUUUUGUGAUAUGUUUCCAAAAGUAGAACAUCAACAGCCUCUUCUUACGGGGUCAAAAAGUGAAAGAAAAACAGAAUAUGUUUCAUCUUCAAAAAAUCUCAAAUCUUUUUAUGCUAAUGAUAGUCAGAUAACUGUAAUAGAGAAAGAAGACCCCAAGAGAUCUGUUCCUGAUCCAUGUGAGGAACAUGCUGACUUCAUCACUAAAACUAUUUUUAAUCGGUUGGAAUCAUUUGCCACCGAAAGAAUAGAUUCAUUAAUUACUCUUGCUUUCCAGCCUAAAGAAAAGCCAUUUGUGAACACAGAACUUGAAAAUUCUAAACAAGAUGACAGCAUCUUUCAUCCGUCACGCCAGGUGGAAUCAAAUGUAAAUAUAUUGAAAAUCACAACUGAAACUAUUUUCUGCCAAGAACUCACAGAUUCCACUUUUGCCAGUUACAGAGAAAAACUUGGAUCCACAGUUCAUCUAUCACAAACUGGUCUUAAGGAAUAUGCUGACAUCAUUGCCACUGCCGUUUUGAAACUUAUUAAAAAUGACUUAGACCACAAAAUCCAAAAGAUGCACUCGUAUCCAAACAAUGUAUUAUUCCAAGAAAUCAUCAUUGUGAAUGAAACUGUCAAUAGUAUCUUAAAGACUUUAUAUGACAAAAGAUCUGUAAAGGAAAUUAAUUUUUACUCAAAAGACAAUCCUAACUUAGUUUCACAACUAACCAUGUCAGAUGAAAUAUUGCUGGGACAAGCAGCUCAGGAAAAAAACACCAAACUGUCUCUCUUUUCAAAGUAUCCAUUAGAACAAAACCAAAUGGCAUUGGAAAGGGAAGGUCAAAAAAUUGUUUUGGAAGAAAUAUUUAUGAGAAAUAAAGAAUCAAAACAAAAAGAAAGAACUGCAUUAUUCAGUGCAGUGGAAGAAGUUUUAAAUAAAGUGCAUCAAAGAACAAUGGAAAUCAUAGGCCAUUUGCCUUCAUUUAAUGGAAUCCCCAACUCUAUAUCUAGUUCUAAAAUCAAAACAGCAGACAUAACACAGAAAAACUUCUUUCAAUCACAUAUUAACAGUGUUGCAAAUGAUAUAAUUGAAAGUGUUUUGGGAAAAAUGUACUCUGUGGUUGUGACAUCAUUAUAUGAAAGUAAUAAAGUAGAAACAGCUGACAAAAAUGAUAUUUUACCAAAGAAAUCAUCAUGCAUCAGAGAAACUAAACAAGAAGGAAUAGGAUGUAAUCUUACGAGAUAUGUGCUACCUCAGAUUUAUCCUUGUGCAGGAAGUCAAAAUGUCUCUCUAACAGAAAAAACUUUUUUACGAUAUUCACUAUUACAAGUAGGGAAGGAUUUAGUCCAAAUGGUUCUCAAUAAGAUCACAAAUUUUGCCUCGCUUUAUCUAGAAGAGACCUUUUCUGAACUGAGCCCUAAGGGCAGCCCCAAGCUGCCAAGUUUUAAGACAAGUCUAAAAGCAAAAUCAAAAGUUACUCCUUUGCCUAAAUUUAGAACAAAAGCACAUCUAGGACGUAGUCAUGCUUCUAAGACCAAAAGCAAGACCAAAUUAGGCCCUGGAGAGAAGACUCCAAAAGAGAGCUGGUCCAAGACUUCCAGUGGGCUACCACACAUCCUAUCCAUGGGAGAUGCCAAAAACUUACUGGAAAUGAAAUUGCCUACUAUAGAACUAAAAAUUUAUUCCAAGGAUAUAGUAAGAAAUAUCCUGAAAACAACCCUUAAAGAAUUUGAAAAGGUGAAGCAAACUAGAUCAUUGGUAAAUGACAAAGCUUUACCAUCUGAUCAAAUCAUGGCAGCAAAUAAAAUACUUAAUACUGUUUUGCAAGGAUUAUAUACUGCAAAUAACCACAAUUUGGCUAAUCCUAUCAAAUUCUCACAUCUGGAUGAUCCCAAAUUUUCACAGGGAAAUAUAGGUACAGAGUCUUUUGCCAAACCACAAGCAUGUUUUUACUUGGAAAAUGUUUCUUCACAGUUAGAACAGAUUUUUCCUAAAGAAGGCAUAUUUAAAAAAAUGUUUGACAAAUGGCAAGCAGAAUCAAAUGACAUGGAAAAUGAAAAAUGUAAGCUAUUGAUGAUAGCUGAAAAUGUUUUGACUGAAAUUUCAAUAAAGGCAAAAGAAUUAGAAUAUUCUCUUUCACUUUUAAACUUGCCAUAUCUUGAGGACUGUGGGGGCAGAUUUAAUAGUUGUUUCAAAGGAGUUUCUUCCAGAGCUGAAGACACCAAGGCACAAAUUAGUAUGUUUGUAAGGGAAAUUGUUGAAAUGUUAUUUGAAAAAUUACAGCUGUGCUUUUUGUCCCAGAUGCCCACACCACAUAGUAAAGAAAUUCCAGCAAAUAGGAAGGAACAAAUUACUACUAAAAGUAAACAUGGUUUUCCAACUGAGGACAUCCUCAGCAAUGUACCGAUGUAUGAUACUAAGACCAAACACCAAAGUUCUUUGGGCUCUGGCAAUCGGAUUGUUCGAGAAAUUGUAGAAAGGGUUUUGGACAUGUUAGAGUCAUUUGUAGACUUACAGUUUAAACAUAUUUCUAAAUAUGAGUUUUCUGAAAUAGUGAAAACACCUAUAGAAAAUCUUUUUCCUGUCCAACAGAGACUACUAAGCAAAAAGAUGUUGCCCAAAUUACAACCACUGAAAAAAUUUGCCAGUGAGUCCAAGUCAAGCACUGUUAUUUCCACGGACAAUGUACAGAAUAUCCUUCUACAGGUUCAUUCGUUCCAUUCAGAAUUACUUACAUAUGCUAUUAAUAUUGUCAGUGACAUGUUUGGUAUAAUUAAGAACAAACUAGACAGAGAAAUAAGCCAAGCAGGGCCAUCUUCAGUUAGCAUGAAAGAGAACAUUGCAGCAAGUGAGAUCAUUGACACACUGAUGUACCAGUGUACUCAUUUCAAUGAAUCUCUGAUGAAAAACCUCCCAAACCAAAGUUUCUUCCAAGGAGCAGAAAAUACCUACAUUGUUAAUCAGGUUGAAUUAGCAACUAAUAUGAAAAUGUCCACAUCAGAGUUAAAGGACGUAACUUCUGGGACUAAUCCUCCACAAAUAAGUGUUCCUGAUUUGCAGUUUUAUUCAGAAGAAGAUAUGAGAAAAAAUUUACCCUCAUAUGCCAGAACCUGUGUAGAAGACACAAUGGAAAGGCUUGAUUUAGAAAAUAUGCCAUCAUGCUCUAAAAACAAAGUACAAGACUUUAACCCAAGGGGAUAUAAUUUGGGCUAUUUUGAUCAAGCUAUGAAGGGAAAUAGCUCACUCCCUGAAGGCAGUAUCCUACAGAAACUACUAAAGAAAGCAAAUGAAUCCAUAAAAACAUCAUUAAAGCAAGUCAUGUCAUUCAUAGAAAUGAGAAAAGGUGAAAACCCAAGAGUGUUUCAUUAUGAGAUCACCAAACCAGUUGCUAAGCCAAACCAAAUUCAGACAGCCGUUUCUCCACUCAAAAUUUGCUUAGCUGCUGAAAAUAUUGUCAGUACUGUGCUGUCAAGCUAUGGCUUUCCAAGUCAACCACACAUUAAUGAAAGCACAGAAACAAUGAAACCAUUUUUCUUAUCCAGGCAAAAGCCUUUGUCUGCAUUAUCUGGAGGACAAAAGAAUGAAGAGAAAAGUCUGCUCAGAGUGUGGGAUAAAAGAAUCAGCUACAUACCUGAAGAGGAAAACAAAAAAACUAAAGCCAGCAGGGGAGAUUUUUCUUUAUUGCAAAAGUGGGAAAAUAAGAGUUACCUGAAGAUAAAGACUCUGAAGGAACUUGAAGUCAUGGCUUUUGCUGAUCAUGAACUGGGUCCAAAUGAAAUUCAUUUGAUAGCAAGACAUGUCGCCACAUCUGUGGUCACAUAUUUCAAGAACUUUGAAACCACAGUUUCCAGUGAGGAGAAGGUGUCUAUUGUUUCCACAUUGUCAAGGAAAAAAUGUGAAUCAAAACAGCCUCUAAGAAGCACAUACAAUGAUUCUUCACUUUAUCAAUUUUGUGAAUAUCUCACUGACUCUGUCAUUUGCCAUUUAAUUUCAAGCAUUUCUGAUAGCACCAAAGAUGGCAGAGAAAAAGGGAAAGCAUGGGAAAGACAAAAUGCUUCAUUUAACACAAUUAUUUCAAUUGAUUCUCAGGUGUUUGAGAGUAGGUCAGUUUCUGUUGGAGAACUUGCUCUAAGUAUUUCUGAAGUCAUUACAGAAAUCCUUUUAAAUAGUAACAUCAUACAGACUGACAUUGCGCAGCAAAUGUUUUCAUUAGAAACAAAGUACAUUUACUGCCCAGGAGUCACUGCUAGUGACUUUGAUGGUCUCUUUCAGGAUCUCUUAGUAGGUGUGAUUCGUGUACUGUCCAAAGAAAUAGGGUUAAAUCAUCACCUUGAAAAUAAUGGAAGAAAUAAACAAUUUCCCAUGCUUAGAAGUAACAGUAUGCCCACUUGCAACAAAAAAAUUACCAUGAAAAGACAAACAGGGUCCAGAGACUUGGAAUCAUCUACUCACCAAAUGGAUCAUAUCAUUCAAAAAAAUAAAUUAAAUUAUCUGGCAUAUAAGAUAGAUAGUCUUGCUGGUAGCUUAAAAACUCAGGAAUCCAAAGAAGUAGUCAACAAAGUUUUUAGUAUUGUUUUGGAUUUGUUUUUACCAGAUGAACAGUCAGGUAAGGCUAUGGAUUCUGAUAAAGCAAGAACAUUUUUCUCAUCACCAAAUCAGCAAAGUAGUAGCAUACUUGGAAAUAACUUAGGGCUCACUCCCAAAUCAGUUUUCCUUCUCAAUGUUGUGUGUGAGAAACUUAUUAGAACACUUUUAGAAAAAUGCACAAACUCUGUCUUUCUUGAUAAUAGCUCUCUUUCUGAAGAGAUAUCAGCAGAAGAAUGUCAACUUUUAAAAAUACUUCAAAGUGUAGAAGAAGAAGAAUCUAAUUAUUGUAAGGGAGCAAUGGAUUGUGAACAAUUUCAAGGAGAUUAUAUGUCAGACAUUUUGGAAAAUAUGGCAGAAAUGGAUCAAGAUUUAUCAUCAGACUCUAUUUUAACUAUUAUUUCCCAUAGCUUGGUUAAAUCAAUGAUGGACAAAUUAUCUCACAGUAUACAACUCCCCCAGAGUCCACCUUCUGCAAACAUGCAUUCAAAAUAUGGAGCAAGAGAAAUUCAGUCUAACUUCAUAAAUGCAAAAAGGCCAGAAUUAACGGAAUUUGGGCAGGGUAAAGGUUCUUUAGGAUUUGUGAAUUAUGAUUGUGAUGCUUUGAUAGGACCCCCGAAUAAUCCCAGAGUAGUUAGCUCCAAAAUACAGGCACCAUUUGGCAAGAAAUAUUCAGUAAAUUUCUCUCAUGUUUCACCCCUUAAAAGACAAGGAACAAAGGAUAUGGAUACAGUAGCCAUCAAUAAUAAGCUAUAUCCAGGAGAUAUGAAUACAGGUGUUUAUUCAGCCACAUUUUUGGAGGAAAUAAUUUCAGAACUGUUUUUUAAUCUCUGUAUUUCACUUUGGGGCAAAGAUGAAAACAUCACCGAGGCCGAUCUCAAUGAGAUGAAUGCAUUAUUUGUCAACAAUGUAGUGAAUGAGUUUAAUAAGGCACGAGUCACUGUUUUACGGAAUUCUGAAGAAAGACUGUGUUUUCCACCAGUUCAUAAAGAAACUGUUAGUAGGAUUGUUGACUCGGUUUAUUAUGAUGUUUUACAGCAAUAUAAAUUGAAAGUGAGCUGUGGUAAUAACCCGGCAUGUGACAGUACUUCAAUAGCUGAGCAAAUAACUAAUAGCAUAUUGUUAGAGAUUUUAGACUACCAACUCCCAUCCUGCUUCAAGGGAAAGCUCUUACAUAAUUCAUAUCAUUCUCUCAAUGCCGAAAUUAUACUACAGAAACUUCAAAAUAACCUGAGAGAAUUUGCUUUCCAACCUAGAUCUUCAAAAGGCUAUAGUACCAUGUUAUCAUACUCAUUUUUAGAAGAUAUCAUCAGAAGACUUUUAUCUCAACUCAUUCCUCCACCCAGUAAUGCUUCCUAUUUGAAAAAAAAAUAUUUUACAUGUUCAGAUUUUAAUGAAAUGUCUACCUGUAUAAUAAAUAAGGUUAUAUCAGCCAUUUCAAAACAUAAAAUUUGGUUCACUAUAUAUGAUGAUCAAUAUUUAUAUACAGGAAAAAACCUCCAGAAGAUGGUGGAUUCUGUUUAUAGUAAUAUUGUGCAAACAUCUGACUCUCUUGUUUCAAUACAGAAAAGUAUAGUCAGCCGAAGCCCCUUUAUGGUUGACCGAAUAGCUAGUUUUAUUAUCCAAGAGAUUAUUGAAAAUCACCUUCAACCAUUUUUGUGUGGAGAAGAUUUACCUCGCCCAGAGACUCCAUCAGAUGCAAUAUCAAAUAUGGUUAAGCAGGUUCUCAGAGAAGCUAUAGAGUCACACAGACCCCAGACGCCAUUACCCUCAGGUAUAUACCCUGAGACAUUUGUAGGGGAAAUUGUUGCCAGACUGCUAUCAAAGAUUUUCAGUCCAAAGCACAACACUGAAACUGAGCUGGAAAACAUGACUCAAAAAAUAGUAAACUCAAUAAAUAAUCAUUUUGACAAAGCUAAAUUUCACAUUCUAUGUUAUGACAAGGAACAGUCUUACCCUUCUGCUGGUACAGAUAUUGUAGAUGAACUUGUGACCUCGGUCUAUAGAAAUGUUCUGAAACAGCAUGGACUAGACCCUGAAGUUUUUAAGGAGUCCGAAGACAGUGAUAUUUUUGUUGAAAAAAUUGCCAACUUAGUUGUAGCAGCUAUUGCAGAUUACCUCCUUCAUCCACUGUUUUCUGGGGAUUUGUCAUCAUCUUCACAUUCUAUUUCUGCAGCUGAAAAUAUCAUUCAGGAUGUUCUCAGUAACAUCAGUAGAUCUGACAAGUCAAGUCAGAGUUUAUCUCCAUAUAACACCUUGCUGCCAUACACAUUUUUAGAAGACAUGAUCAGAGUACUAUUAUCUAAAUUUUUUCCUUCUGCAUCUAGCAUUGUGCCAAACGGAGAACCUCCAAAAGACAAAUCAAAAAUUAAUUUCAAUGAAAUUGCUUCAAAUAUAAUUAGUGAUAUUAGGAUGAAAAUUUCCCAGCAUGAAAUUCGAUUUUCAAGAGAGGAAGAAGAAACCAGGUUUAUUUAUUCAGAAGAUGAUGUUCAACAUCUCAUUGACUCAGUAUUCAAAAAUAUUUCACAAAACUCUGAGUCUCAAGAAUCAGUUGAGCAAAAUAUCACAAGUAGUAAUGAUGUUCUUAUUGAUAGAAUAGCAGGUUUUAUGAUUAAACAUAUCUGUCAACAACAUCUUCAGCCAUUUGUAGAUGGAAAGUCAUUACCUUCUUCAUCACGAACAUAUUUUGGCCACGAGAGAAGGGAAUGGUUUUAUACCAGUGUUUAUUCCUCAACAUUUUUGGAAGAUGUGGUUUCUGGGGUUUUAAGCAAAAUAUUCCACAGGGUGUUAGGCAUUGUACAAACAGAAUCAGUAAGAGAGUCAGAAGAUGAACUAUUUGAUAAAGCUGAAAAACUCAUACAUUUCAUAACAGAAGAAUUCUCAAAAGCCCAAAUUAGCAUUUUAGAAAAUGCUGAGGAAAAGUUAUGUUUGACUCCAGUGAAGAAAGAUGUAGUCAAACACAUUAUUGACAUGGUAUACAGCAAAGUUUUGCAAGAAUAUGAAAUGGAAAUAACACCUGAUAAAGGUUUUCUAAAUGACAUAAAGACACUGGCUACAAGGAUAGCUAAAAACAUCCUGGCCAAAACUUCUGAUUUCCAAAUUGAUCCAAAUCUUGCAAAAAAUCUUCCUUUUGAGUCACAAUCCAAACUUAAUACUGAUAUAUUGAUGAAGAAAGUUCAAUGCAAUAUUACUAAAUCAAGACUCCAAAGACAGCCUUCAGCAAUCUAUACUACUAUGUUAUCUCAUACUCAUUUGGAAAAAAUUGUGUCUCAGCUUAUAUCUCAGAUGAGUCCACUGGCCUUAGGUACAGAAUGCCCAGAUACCUCUCAUUCAGAUUUAAGUAAUGCAGUCAAAAAACUGAUAAAUGAAAUUAUGUCAAUAAUUUCAAAACAUGCAAUAUGUAUUAUUAAACAUGGGAAUGAAAAACAAAGUAUGAUGUCAGAAAAAGAUAUCCAGUCCAUGGUCGAUUCCAUUUAUGCUGAUCUUUCAUAUUCAAAUAUAUGCAAGUCUCUUACAAAAGAUAAAAAAGGUAUAAAUAACAUACCUGUUUCAAAAAUAGCAAGUUUUAUAAUAAAAGAAAUCUUUAACCAUCAUCUUCAGUCAUUUUUGUCUGGAGAUAAAACUCUUUCAGCUGCAGUUGAUCAAACUUGUAAACAGGACGAAAUAGAUCCUAAACAAAAAGAGUUGUCUUUCAUUGUCAACUCAGCUGUCUUUUUGGAGGAAGUAAUAUCUGAACUUUUAUGUAAACUCCUUUAUGCAUUCUCACAUAAUGUCUUGACUGCUGAAAACCCAGAUACAGUAAAAGCCAAAAUUACUGGCAUUGUUACAGCAUUAGUAAAAUCAAUUGUUCUGGAGUUUACCACAUCAGAGAUUUUACUUGCAGAUAAUUUUGAUGAUGAUAUGUGGUUUUCAGAAAGAUACAAAGAAGUGGUUCAAAAAACAGUCAGUCAAAUUUAUGAAAAAAUAUUAGAUGAAUAUAAAUCUCUGAUUCAAGUAUACAGGGCUAUACAAAGUGACACUGUUUGUUUUGGAAGAAAAAUAUAUAAUCUGCUUUUGGAAGAAAUUUAUGAUUAUCAGGUACAGUCAUUAGUUUCAGGACAAUUAGUGUUGUCUUCCUGUUCUUCCCCUCGAACUGAUAAAAUCAUCAGAAAGGUGCUCAGUGUCAUCAUGAGGGAUAGCCAUGCCUUGCCAUUAUGGGUUACGGUGCUGCCACGUUCUCUUUUAGAAGAUAUGAUUUACAAGCUCUUAGUGCAUAUCUUCCCUUCAGCUGACACUGAAAGUGAACUAAAAGAGGAAGAGAUUCCCCCAGAUGAUGAGUUUGUGGAUGCUGCAUCAAAACUGACUGAUGAAAUUAUCAAAGAAAUUUCUGAACAUGAGAUCCGUCUUGCUACUGCAGAGGAAAAUGCAGAAAGUAUGCAAUUAGAAGUGAUUGAGAAUUUGGUUGACUCUAUAUGUAAUAAUAUUUUGAAAAAAUAUGAAUUUCAAGCUGAAGCCCAGAAAGAUGCAAACAAAAAAGGAGGCUCAUUCCUCAGUAAAAUAGCUGGUUUCAUUAUGAAGGAAAUCAUGGAUCAUCACCUGCAGCCAUUUUUACAUGGUGAAGAAUCACCUUCCAGUAACUUAUCUAAUUAUGACCAUGUCUCUGUACCUAGUAAACCUGAUAAAGAAAAGAGACAGUCUUCUCUAUAUUCAGCUACAUUUUUGGAGGAUGUAAUUGUUGACCUUGUUCACAAAUUUUAUUCUCUUCCAAGUAUUACUGAAGAUUCUAAGAAAAAAGAAACACCAGAGCCAGACAUUGUAAGUUUGGCUGUAGAAUUUGUGAACUCUCUAAUAGGGGAAUUUAGGAAAAGUGAAAUUAAAGUUCUACCAAAUGCUGAAGAAAUGCUUUCUUUUCCACCAAUUGAUAAAAUGACAGUUGAUAAGAUAUCCAAUUUUGUUUAUGAUCAGUUCUUAGGAGAAUAUGGAUCUAAUAAUAUUCAGAAGGAGGAUAAAAAUAACAUUAUUCUAGAAAUGAUUGCUGCUUUAGCCCAGAAGGCAAUCUCUGCUUUCAAAAUUCAACCACUUUUUUCAGGAGACUGGUCUUCUACCUUCUUUUCAUUUCUAAAUCCAGAUAACAUUAUCCAAAGGAUUAAACACCUUCCACAUAAAACCUCUGUACAGAUAAACAGAUGCUUAAAAGAGAACCAACCUGCAUUACCAGAACAGUCAUACAAACACAUAUCUCUAACCUCAGACAAGAAAAAUUUCUUGGAUACUUUGGAAAUAGAUAGAAGCACAAAAAAUAAAAUGAAAAGUUUCAAAACUAAGGAGACAUCAAUGAAAAGAGAUGACAUCCAAGAUCCAGUAGUUACCUCUGUAACUAGAAUUAUAAAAAACAACAUGGUUAACUUAUCAGGGUCAGGUGUUGCAAAUAAAAAGAAAGAGAAUGAAAAGAAAGUGGGAAUUCCAAUUCAAAAAUAUAAUUUAUCAGAAGUUAUGUAUCCAACAACUAGUGUGAAAAGUAAAGACACACAGGGGCCGCAUUUAAGGAUAACACUUAAAAAUAAUCAAAUAGAGAAGAAAAUCAUAUCAGCUUCAAAUGAUAAGGAUGGCCAAAUUAAUGAGGUACACAAACAAUUUUUAGUAGGUAUUGACGAUACAAAACAUGAAAAGGAAAUACUUGGGCCAUAUUUUGAAAUAGACAGUGAAAAGAAGAUUGACAAAACAAGAGAAAAUUCUUUAGAAAAAGAAGACAAGCUCUUUAAGUUACCUCCUUUGACAUCCAAAGUGAGAAAUACAGAGACUGCAACAGAGAAAACUUUGAAAACAGUUACCAAAAAGCCAAACAAUGACGAGAAGAAAGACUCUCCAGCUCAAAUAGAUAAAAAUAAGGAACAAUGCUCAGAUUAUGAAUGUGUUCAAAAUGUCAUAGAAAAUAUUUAUGAGAAUAUUUUAGAACUGUAUCAUUCUCAAGAAUCAGCAGAUUAUUCAAAACUCCACAGUCUCCCAAGUGAUACAGCACUGCCCACAACUCAAGAGGUUGGCAAGGAUUCUGCCCAGUCUGUUGCAACAAAAGAUUUAUCCCUCUCAAUUAACAAAAAUCUCCCUGCCAAAGAGAAAAAAGAAAAAGACAGAGCAAGAGAAAUAGAAAAAGGGUGGGAGGAAAAGAAAGAGAGAGGGGAAAAAAGAGAAAGCGAGAAAGUGAAAGUUAAGGAGAUUAAAAAGGAGCCUGGUAAAUCAAACAGUCCUCACUCCCCACCAAAAAGUAUACCUGGAUUUCUUCCUGCUAAAUUUUUGGAAGAUGUUGUCACCGAAAUGGUUAACAAAUUGAUCUUUUCUUCCUCUGCAGAAGCACAAACAUAUGAUAGAUGUCAAAAUGUAAGUGAUGAUAAGAAUCAAGCUGAACUCUAUGACACAGCUAUGAAACUUAUUGAUUCACUGUUAAAGGAGUUUUCAGAUGCUCAAAUUAAGGUAUUUAGGCCAGAUGAGGAAAAUCAGUUUUUUUCACCUGUAGAUAAAGUGUCAUCAGUUCCUAAAGAACCUCCCAGGCAUAAAGAAUCAAAUAGAGAUGAAACAUUACCCAACAAAGAGAAAGUAUCUGUGGCUAACAUGUAUAAAAUGACUGAAAAACCCUCUUCAAAUAAGACAUUUUCCCUAAAUAAAAUGUCAUCACCAGAUAAAACAUUGGUCAACAAAGUUGUUCACGCCUCUGUAUGCAAUAUUUUGAAGGAAUAUAGAUCUCAAGACUCCAUUUGUAAGAAUAUUAAGAGUAAUGGUGGAAAUUUAGCAAGAAGACUAACUAGUGCAGUGAUAAAUGAAAUUUUUCAACACAAGCUUAAUUUGAUAUUGUGUGACAAGGUUCCAGCUUCAUCAUUUUUGCCUCUGGAAACAAAGGACAUUGUUAAAAAGGUCCAAAAAUUGGCUCAAACAGCCAGCAAAGAAUCCCAAACAUCAACACCAUACACCAUCAUGCUGCCUCAUGAAUUUUUAGAGAAUGUGAUUUCUGCUCUUCUAUCUAAAAUUUUCUCAACAGUAUCUGACACCAAAGCAGAAACAUCUGAGGGCAACUGGCUCACAAAACUAGAUUUCCUUCAAAUGAAGUUACUAUGUACAGUUACAACAGAGAUCUCCAAAGAUGAAGAUAUGAUUAUACAGUAUGUGGAAUCUUUACAUCCCAAUGAUGAUGAAAUUAUUCAAUUAGUGGUUCAAUCUCUUUAUAAUAAUCUCUUGUCACAGUUUGGAUCACAAGAGAUUGUACAAAACUGUGUAAUUAGUGGAUGUAGAAUUCUUUCAGAAACCAUAGUUGACUUAAUUCUACGAGAAGUGACUGGCAAUCAGUUGCAGAAAUACUUUUCUGGAGAGCUGACUCCAAAGCAGUGUACAGAAGUUGACAGUGUUGUUGAAAAUAUUCUUAAAGAUGUUAUCCAAACUGCUGACGUUCCUCAGCCUCAACCAUCACAUGUUCGUACACUGCCUUAUAAUGUAAUAGAAGAAAUUGCUGUAAAAUUUUUAUCGAAACUUUUAUAUAUGUUUCCUAAAGUGGAUAAGGAAAGAUCCAAAUCUCUAGAAAAUGAAAUGCAAAAAAUAACCUUAAAAAUAUUAAAUUCAAUACAAGAAUUCAUCUCCAAAAGUAAGAUUAAAGUCAUAUCACCAGCUAAGGAAUUGCUUACUGUACCUUUAGCUGACAAUGAAACUAUAGAAAAAGUAGUUAAUUCUGUUUAUACCAAUAUUUUAAAGCACUCUGGCUCACAUAUUUCCAUAUUUAAAGAUUUAAUGGGCAACAGUAACGUCCUCUCUGAUAUAAUAGGCUUUUUAAUGGUGAAAGAAAUUUCCAAUUCUGAAUUUCAGCCUCAAGUAGAGGAAGCAUUAUCAAGUUCAGAAUUAGUUCUGGAAGCUGUUAAAAUUAUGGAAAAAGUGGUCAAAAUGGUCGAUGAAUUUAAGUCCCAAGAAAAGCCUUCAUCCAAAAAAGGCAUGUUAGAUGCCACGUUUUUAGAGGAGGCAUUGGCCUUGUUCUUGGCUAAAAUAGUAAGGUUGCCAUGUGCCUCAAGCAAACAUGCAAAAAACUUAUCAAAGCCUGAGUUAAAUAAAAUCGCAUCUCAACUGACAAAAUCUGUAACAGCUGAAAUUUCCAAAAGUAAUAUUAAUCUUGUUGCUGCUGAUUCUGAAGAACACCUUUUAAAUCCAGAAAGUAUAGAAAUGAUUUCUCAGGUUAUUGAUUCUAUUUAUAGUAAUGUACUACAACAAUCUGGAACCCAUAAAGAACUUUAUUAUGAUAUAAAAAAUACAAACAGAGUUUUCCCUAAAAAAGUGGCUAGUUUAAUUAUUAGUGGAGUUUCAGAUUUCCCCUUAGAUACAGUUAGGCUGAAGAAUUCAAAUGUUGGCCUCUUUAGAGAUCUAGACAUUAAUAGAAUUGUUCAAAAGGCACAAGAGCAUGCUAUUGAAAUGAUUCCAGACUUAGACAAUGUAGAGUUAGAAAGAGAUUCAAUUGUAGAAGAUUCUCCAAUUAAAAUAGUUCCACAUGUUGGGAAUAAACCACUCAAAAUAGAUCCAAACAUUGUCUCAGAACACUUAGCAGUCAUUUCUGUAAAAACUCAACCUCUUGAGAAACUUGAGAUGGAAUGUUUAAAAAAAACUGGACACAGCAUAGAAGAACUGAGAAGAGCAUCAGUAAGUGGAAGAAGUUACUUCUCAGACACAUCUAAAAUUGGACAGUUAAAGAGAGAGAGACGUACCUCAUUGAAGAGUACAGGACGACUAGAUGUAAAACCCUUUGAGGCUGUUGGCAGAAAUUCAUUUCAGAAUAUAAGAAAGCCUGAUAUCACCAAAGUGGAACUUUUAAAAGAUGUUCAAAACAAAAAAGAACUCAUUAUUCGGUUAGUAGCUCAUGAUAUUGAUCAAGAAAUUUCAGAAAGUAACCUAGAAGAGGAGCUAACGUCUGAUGAAGACGAAGUUGUUUUAAGAGAGAUUGUACAAGAAGAACAUGUAGGAGGAAAAUUUGAAUAUCAAGUAAAAGAAGCCACAAAACUGGUAGAAAACAAAAUUGUUUCUCCCAAGCCAACACAAAGUGCAAGCAGCCUGAAAAAAUUUUUUUCACUAAGCACAUGUUGUCAGCCCACAUCCAAUCCAAAUGUUGAAAAUACUGAAGCAACCUCAAAUCAUGUAAUAGAACCUAAGAAGGGACAAGUUAAAAGAACUGUUGCUGAACUUGACAUGGCCACCUGCUCAAGAACCUUGACUAAAACAGAUCCUUCUUUGGAGGAAAAGCCACAGAGAAAGAAAGAAGAAAAAAACCUUAUUACUGAGCCAACACAUUACUUCAUACACAGAAUUAUGAGUUCAUCAUCAUACAACCAAGAAGAUCUGAUUUCACAUGCCAGUGAGACUGAAGACUGUGACCCAGAUACAAGUACUAAAAUUUUAAAAGAAUAUUCUCAGGAACUAAAGCCAGAGAAUUCAAACAGUAUUAAGUUUAUCACCAUAUUUGAAGGAAAUGAGAAUAUUCUUGGCAGUGUGAAUCCCUCAAAAGAAGUCGUUUCAGAAACUUUCAAGCCCAGUAUUUCCAAACAAGGAUCUAAUAUGCUGGCAAGGGUAUCUUCAGCUUUGUCAAAAGUGUUUUCUCGAACUAACACCAAUAUUUCCAGAUCUUCCUCACCACAUCACCAGGACAAGCAAUGAAGCUUCUGUACCUGAUAUAA